CUUCCUUGAUCAAUUUCCCCAAUUGACCUAUUCCAUUUCCCCGAUUUAUAACUGCCGUCUAAUCCAAACUCUGACCUGGUUGGCUGGUUAUUUAUCUUUUUCCCGCGUUAACUCAGUCAAUUCAAUUCACUUUCUCUCUCCUCAAUCAUCAAUUCCUUUCUCUCUCAACCAACUUUCACUUUCUCUUAUUCCUUUCUUCCUUCAACCUCUCCAAUGACUCUUUCUCUCUCCUCCCCUUUUUUUAUUCCCAUCACCAAAACCAAAACCAAAACCAAAACCCCUUCUCAUUCUCAUGUCUUGACCUCCAGUUUCUCUCUUAAUCGCCGCCAUGUCUUUCUCUCUCCUCCUUCUCCUCCUCUUCCUCCCUUCCUCCCUCUCCCUCGCUCCUUACAGUUUUUAUAUAAAUUGCGGUGGUUCGUCGGUGAUUAACUACAAUGGACAUUUAUGGGUGCCGGAUUCGGAUUUCAUCUCUGUUGGGGAGAACAAAACGGUGUUGUAUUCCGGGGUUUUGCCACUCCUAUCAACUGUUCGAUCAUUUGCGCGAGAGAGAAAUACCCACAAGAAAUUUUGUUACCAAAUUGGUCCUGUAAUUCGUAAUGCCAAUUACAUGGUUAGAACUAGUUAUUUCUAUGGUGGGGUAAAUGGGAAGAAAAACCCUCCUGUUUUUGAUCAGAUUGUUGAUAAUAAUUUGUGGGGUUUGGUCAAUACAACAAAAGAAUAUGAUCAUAGUAUGACAUCUUAUUAUGAAGGGGUUUUUCAAACUGUCGGGAAGACAAUGAGUGUUUGUAUUGGGGUUAACGAGCUUACUGAUUCUGACCCUUUUAUAUCUGCUAUCGAGCUGGUGUUGUUGGAGAGUUCGGUUUAUAAUUCGACCGAUUUCGGGAAGGUUGGGUUGAGCUUGGUUGCUAGGAAUAACUUUGGAUAUACUAAAUCGAUUGUUCGGUCACCAGACGAUCGAUUUGAUCGCUUCUGGGAGCCUUUUGGACCUCACCAAGCUGCUGCUCGUGCUCCAAAUGUGUCUGUUUCUGGAUUUUGGAAUCUUCCACCUGCUAAAAUCUUUGAGACCCACUUAACAGUUUCUGCAGGACCAAUGGAUCUUCAGUGGCCUGCUUUACCUCUUCCAAGCUCAACAUAUUACAUUGCUUUAUAUUUUGCUGAUGACCGUGCCUCAUCGAGGCGGGCAUUUGACAUUAGCAUCAAUAAUGUGCCAUAUGUUCGUAACCUGAGCGUGACUCCAUCUGGUGUGGCUGUGUUUGCAACCAAAUGGCCCCUAGACGGUCUGACAAGAUUGAGAUUUACCCCAGUCGAUGGAUCAGAUGCUAGUCCCCUGAUCAACGGCGGGGAGAUUUUUGAUGUUUUAUCUCUUGGGAAUAGAACUCUCGUGCAUGAUGUGAUUAUGUUGGAAAGAAUUAAAAGCAGUUUCCUGAACCCUCCUGAAGAUUGGAGUGGUGAUCCUUGUUUCCCAGUUGGGUACUCCUGGACUGGGAUCACAUGCUCUAAUGGUACACGGAUUCGCAUAGUAUCUAUAAACCUGAUGCAUAUGGGCCUUCAAGGAUCCUUGCCACCUGAAGUUGCAAAUUUGACUGCAUUAAACACAUUAAUGCUUGGAAAUAACAGCUUGUCUGGACCUAUACCUUCCAGUCUUGGUACAUUGAAUCAUCUGAAAAUAUUGAGCUUGGAAAAUAAUCGCUUCAGCGGAACAAUUCCUUCAUCACUUGCAAGAAUUAGAAGUUUGCGCGAACUCCAUGUAGAGAACAAUAAUCUAAAUGGGACUGUUCCUAAAAGCCUUCUUCAAAAACCCGGGCUGCAGUUUUCGUUCACUCCCGGUAACAGUUUCUCACAAUCAGCCGGACAGAAUACAUGAUCCUUCCUAGUCCUCAAUGACUGAAGGUUACUUGGCUGUCACUAGGAUGUGAAAACGGUAUUUGAUUCAUUUUUUGGCAACUUCAAAUACAGCUGGAAACUUCUUGGUAUUUUCUGCUCUUCGUUUCAGAACUAGUUGUCUGAAUAUGAGUAAAAGCUUCUGUAUUUGAAGUACUUGGUAUAAUUAAACAAGCUCCUCUAUGCAGCCUGAAAGUCAGGCUGUCAUUUUGUUGUACAAAAAAUUUUCUGAGAGGCGCUUCUGACUUUGUUUAGCUGUAUAUGGUCCCCUUCCCCUAAUAGAGAGAAAGGAAAUACUUGUUAUUGUUCGUAUACUACUCGGGUUUUUUUGUUUUUUUUUUUUUUUACCCUGUUUGUAAUUUCACUAUUUUCAGAUGAAGAGUAAUUACUGUAAAUGUAACACCCGUUUGUGUACUUGUAACUCUGUAAGUAUUCAUAUUUUCUUCUGUUUGUUACAUGGAAUACAAUUGAACAAAUUAGAUCA